ACUCUUAAGGGGAUUAAAUAUGGCUCUUGGAAGAUGAUCAUUCAUACUCUAGAAAUUACUCUUUUACUCAAACUAACAGUGAGUUGUCGGAGUCCAGAAGAGUAGCUGUCCACCAGAGCUGUCAUUAGCUGUGCAAAGGACCUUGCUGGCAGCUGGAAUUAUCCAGUGUAAAACCACAAAGGACUCAAGGCUUUCACCACUCUGGGAAACCCAGGAGACAUCAGUGUGGGGUGACAGCUGUUUCCAGGAGGGACUGUGAGAACUACAGGACAGGUGAGCCUGACUAUCCCUAAAGGGCAUACCAGAGCCAACCUUCAGAAGGAAGCCCACCUGGGUCAAGACCUUUAUUCCCAGCCUGAUGGCACAUGUCGAGGUCUUGGCCAGACUCCAGAAAGAGACCAAGUGCCCCAUCUGUUUGGACGAUCUGACAGAUCCCGUCACCGUCGAGUGCGGACACAACUUCUGUCGUUCCUGCAUCAAAGACUUCUGGGCAGGGCAGCAAGCCACGUCCUCCUGUCCUGUCUGCCGACACCAGUGCCAACACAGGAACCUCAGAAGCAAUGCCCAGCUGGGAAACAUGAUUGAAACUGCCCAGCUGCUCCAAGGCAUGGAGAACAAGAGGCACGAGAGCAGCACCAGUUGCGAGAGGCACAACCAGGCCCUGACCCUCUUCUGUGAGGAUGACCUGCAGUUGCUCUGUGACCAGUGCGUGGAGCCUGAGAGCCACGGGCGCCACCAGGUGCUGUCCAUUACAGAGGCUGCCUCUCUCCACAGGAAACACCUUCAGGACUAUAGCAAGCUCCUGAAGUGGGAAGUGAAAGAGAUUCAAGGGCUAAUGAGCGCACUAAACAAAAGAACCGUGACCCUGAGGGAGCAAGCAGAGGCACAGAGGUCACAGCUAACCUCUGAGUGUGAGAAGCUCAUGCGGUUUCUAGACCAGGAAGAGCGGGCAGCUUUCUCCAGGUUAGAAGACGAGGAGAUGAGGCUCGAGAAGAGACUGCUUGAUAACAUAGCAGCAUUAGAACACCACGGUUCCAGCCUCAGAGACCUCCUGAGACACUUGAUGCUGACCGGAGAGCUCUCCGAAGCCAAGAUGUUGUCCACGGUCAAGGAUUUUUACCUGAAUUGUAGGCGUCAGCUCAUCAGCCCAAGCAUUUUCCCAGUUCAGUUGAGAAGAGUGGAGUACAGCUUUCCUCUCCAGUAUUCGGCCCUACAGAAAGUUAUACAGCAUUUUACAGACAACGUCACUCUAGACCUGAAGACAGCCCAUCCAAACCUGCUCAUUUCUAAGGAUAGAACCUGCGUAACAUUUACAAAGAAAAGACAACGUAUUCCUGGUUCUUCAAGUUUUACCAAGAGCCCUGUUGUGUUGGGGAUUCCACAUUUUAAUUCUGGGAGACACUUCUGGGAGGUGCAGGUAGGAAAGAAGCCAAAGUGGGCUAUUGGCAUUUGCAAAGCUGAUUCCUCUAUCGGGGAAAGGCAGUCCCCUAACCCCUGGGGGUACUGGAGGAUUGUUUGGCAGGGGGACAGCUUCAACGUCUCAGGAGCUGAUCCAGACUCUCGGCUGAAGGCCGCAAGAGCUACAAGCAUUGGUGUUUUCCUGGACUAUGAACUGGGAGAGGUUUCUUUCUAUGGCAUGCCUGAGAAAUGUCACCUCUAUACUUUCAGGGACACUUUUUCUGGUCCUGUCUGCCCUUAUUUCUACAUAGGGCCUCAGUCAGAACCUCUUAGACUCUGUUCUGCCACUGAUUCAGAAUGCUAACUCACACGGUGGCCUUAACUUUAAGAGGUUUAUUCAUGUUCUGCACUCUCCUUCCCCCAGUCCAGGCUGGCCCCAAGCUUGUUAUAUAGCUUUGGAUUUGUAUUCCUCUGGAUUACAUGGUCUUAUUGAUAGGAUGACAGGCGUGAGCGCCUGUACUCUUGCUAUGUAACCCUGACUGGCCUAGACCUUUAUAUGCUGAUCAGGUUGGGUACCAACUGUCAGCCUGUCUGCUGUCUCCCAUCUCAGCUUCCUGUAUCUGGGUUUACAAGCACAGAUCAACACACUGUCAACAAACACAUUUUUAAACUUCUAAGUCUUACAUCUGAAUCGAAACCCCAUGCCUAGCAGUUCUAAGCUACAUAGUUCAACCUUUUCAUCUUUGAGAUCAUCUUGGUAAGUCAACCGGGCUAGCCUUGACUAACUUUACAACCCAGCCUGGUCCAGCCCUCCCAAUUAUUUGGUAUUACAGGUUUACAUCACCAGCCCAAACCCAUCUCAGAAAGUGAUAGGUGUUUUCAGAAUAUUUUUGCCUAUUUUAUAACUGAGAGGGUACUAUGUAGUCUAGGCUAGCCUCAAACUUGAUACACAGUAGAGGCUGACCUUGAAUUAAUUCAUGAUUGUCUAACCCCCAUCUCACAAAUGCCCAGCCUUUGAGAUUUGUAUUUGAGGAUACAUUAGUUUCUCUAGAAUCUUAGAAACACCUUAAGCAUUAACAAGGAAUUGGAUUAAAAACAGCAGAGUU